UGCCCCCGCUGCUCCUGGUUAAUUCAAAAGAAAUAUUCAAAAAAUCAAGAAACUCUUUGUUGAGAGAUUUAAAUUUUCACUCAUUUCUGGUUCUUUGAAAUUGUCCAAAGAAAUACAAGGGUUAACAUAUUUAUGUUAUGUUUUUAUAACAAUACAAUUCUUAAUUGCUUAUUGUUACAAAGAAAUGAGGAAAAAAUUAUGAAGUAAAAUUGUCACAUUCAACAGCUAAAUCAUAAAAUAAUGUUAACACAAAUCAAGUUUUCAUGCUCACUCGUUUAUCUUGUAUUGUAAAUCUCGUAUAGCUGCUAAACUAAGUGUGAAUUUUUCUUUAAUUUCAACCGAUUAUUGACAAUUUUUUUUAAUUUACACUUAAUUAGUUUAAAAGAUAAAUUUAGCCUUCAAAAAUUGGCGCUCGAUUUAUACCGAAAGAAUCGAUGAGCGCUCAACUUAAUUCCAUGGUAACUAACAUAAAAUAAACAAACAAAUAAAUGAUUGAUAUGAAAGUAUUACAAUUAUGUCUCUUUUAAAAAGUUUUAUUUCUUAAUUUAAUUCUUAAAUUAUUUGUGAAAUCAAUUCUAUGGAUAAUAACUGACGAAGAGUUUUUUGCGUGAUUUCGAUAACUCUUUUCAUUUCUUUUCUAAAUUUCACUGAUCAUGUCAAAUCGGCCAUGGUAUUAUGUUAAGGGCCAUGGAAAUCGAGAAUAUAUUGAAAGAUUGAUUGCUUCCAAAAGAGAUAAGGAAGCUCGACAAUCGGAAUUCAGACGACAAACAAGUGAUUACUUUGAUCGAUGGCAGCUACAAAAUGAGUGGAUGGGCAGGAAAGGAUCUAAAAAGCAAACCGCCAACAGUAAUCAAACUAACAGUGCUGGAAAAUUUCAUUCAAAGGUCCCGUAUGAUCUUGACUAUGAGAUUGAUGAUGAUCCAAAAAGAAGUGAAUCCAUCAAAUUAAAGCGUAAUAAAGCUCGAAAAGAGCUGAAAGUUUUAUUGGAACAGUUGAUUGAUCUGGAAAAAGAAGCAAAAGAAUCAGAAGAGCAACAAUUGUUUCUAAUCAAACAAAUUGAAAAUUUACUACUUGUUCGGCGUCAGCUGAAAGAUAAACAGGAAAAUUGGUCCAUUCGGGGUAAAAAAAUGUACUACAAGCGUUUUGCUAAAGACAAAAUGAGACUGAAAUCAUUUCUGAUCUGUGAACAGUUGAAUAGCUACAAAAUAGUAAUCCAGUGUCUAUCUAAAUCAAUACCAACCGUUUUUCUGAGCAAAAGGGAAAAAGAAGAGCUUUAUGGUGUAAUUGAAAGCUCAUUAAACAUCAUCAACAUGUAUUUAGACAUUAAUUAUAAACGCAAUUAUGAGUUGAUUCCGCUAUACAACGAGGAAGCAGAGAAGAAAUGGCUUGAAUGUGAAUCUAAUUGGGAACGAGAAAGAUCCAUUUGGUACAAUCUGGUUGAUCGAGUUAUCGAAGCCUUUUUCACUACUCACAAAUAUCAACUUGAAGACAAUCUCGAAUCGCUAGAAAUAUUGACAGAAAAACGAAUUGCUUUGUUAGAUCAAAUGUUAGUUUUCUCAGAAAAACUUAAACAAGAUAAUGAUUUAAUGGUAAUUCUUAGUGAAGACAUGGAUCACCUUAUAGAUAAUGACAAUUUUAAAAUUUUAUCCCAUGGAAAUUGACAAAAUGAUAUUCAUUAUGGUGAUCGUUCAAUAUUUAUUUAACUUCAUAUAAACUAUGUUUAUGUUUUCGUUAUACUGUAUCAUUUACCUGAUUGUUUAAUUAUUCAGCUAAAUAACUGAUUGAAUUGCCUAUUUAUUUACUAUUUUUGAGCUUUCAAUUGUUUUCUUGAUACUUCGUAAGACUCUAUCGUCGUUGAUGAUCAAGAUGGCCAGUUUCCUCACAAAGCUCGCAAAUCCAAGCAAUCAAAUCAUGUAACAUUCAACAUUAUCAUUGUGAAACAUGAACAAACACUUUUUUAUUGUAUUUAUUAAAAUCAACUCAUUUUUCAAAUCUU